GCGAGAUUUCUUCGGAAACAGCCGCGUUUGCGUGGUGUGAGCUACUCGGCGGCUAGGUUUUUGUCAUAUUUCUUGUAAAAUCUCUCCAGAUAAUAUUCCUAACGUGAAGUGUGCACCGAAGCUAUCGUCACCAUGAGCAUACUCGCUAAAAUAGCAGAAAUAGAAAAUGAGAUGACCAGGACGCAAAAGAACAAGGCCACAGCUCACCACUUGGGUCUGCUCAAAGCACGUUUAGCCAAACUGAGGAGGGAACUCAUCACACCGAAAGGCGGCAGUGGGGGUGGAACAGGCGAAGGUUUUGAUGUUGCAAAAACCGGUGACGCCCGAGUUGGUUUUGUUGGUUUUCCUUCAGUUGGAAAGUCUACCCUGCUCAGUAACCUUGCAGGUGUGUACUCUGAGGUUGCAGCCUAUGAGUUCACAACACUUACAACUGUGCCUGGAGUUAUUCGGUAUAAAGGUGCCAAAAUUCAGCUCUUGGAUCUCCCAGGAAUCAUUGAGGGAGCCAAGGACGGCAAGGGGAGAGGCCGACAGGUCAUCGCAGUGGCUCGAACCUGCAAUCUAAUCCUGAUAGUGCUCGACGUGUUAAAGCCUCUUCUUCAUAAGAAGCUCAUUGAACACGAGCUUGAGGGCUUUGGCAUCCGACUUAACAAACAACCACCCAACAUCGGGUUUAAGAAAAAGGACAAAGGAGGCAUCAACUUUACUGCCACGUGUGCACAAAGUGAGCUGGAUGCUGAGACCGUUAAAAGCAUCCUGUCGGAGUACAAGAUCCACAACGCCGACAUCACUCUGCGCAGUGAUGUCACAGCUGAUGACCUUAUUGAUGUGGUGGAGGGAAACCGGGUCUACAUCCCGUGCAUUUUUGUGCUCAAUAAAAUAGACCAGAUCUCUAUCGAGGAGCUUGAUGUCAUCUACAAAGUGCCCCACUGCGUGCCCAUCUCAGCCCACCACCGCUGGAACUUUGAUGACCUGCUGGAGAAGAUGUGGGACUACUUGCAGCUUGUGCGCAUCUACACAAAACCCAAAGGCCAGCUACCUGACUACACUUCUCCUGUUGUACUCCCUAACGGACGGACUUCAGUGGAGGAUUUCUGCCUAAAGAUUCAUAAAAACCUCAUCAAAGAAUUAAAGUAUGCACUCGUGUGGGGCUCGUCUGUGAAGCACAACCCUCAAAAGGUGGGCAAAGACCAUGUUAUGGAGGACGAAGACGUUAUUCAGCUGGUGAAAAAAUAAAGAAGUUUUAAGUGCCUGUGUCACAAAGUUGCUCAGUAAAUCACCAAACAUGUCAAAAAAUACAUCUGUGUCUUUCACAUCUGGUUUCCAGUUUGCUUUAUUUAAGAAAAGUGACACCGAUAUCACAUUUAAGAGAUGGGGGGACAGUACUUAACACCAUUAAUAGUUCAUAUUGAAUGUUUGUUAAGGCUUGCAUUAUCAACAAAACUACAAUAAAAACUUUUAAGUGAA